AUGUCUCUGGCCUCAAGCGACCCCACGUCGCUUUUGCACCUCCAGAGCAAGUACAUCCACGACGAGAUCAAGCGGGUCCAGCGGCCCGGCGGCCUCUACGCCCUCGUCAUCGACGACACCACCGAACGGGUGAUCAACGCUGUUUUGACCAAAGAACAGCUCUUGCGCAUCGUCACCCUGAUCGAGAAGAUCGAUGACGCCCGCAAGCAAAACCUGUACAUGGAGGGGAUCUACUUUGUCGAGAUGCUGUUGUUUAAUCUCAAAUGUAUCGCUGCCGACGCCCACACCGCUCGGUAUAAAGGCGGUAUUGGCUUGUUUUUACCCCUGGAUGAACCGGAAGUGACCCACUAUUUCAAUGGGCAGCAAUUCAUGAAGAAUCCAAAGAUUUCUGCUUAUUUUGAUGGCAGAAUUAAUUAUACUACCUCGGUGCUCCAUCCGCUUGAAUCCCACGUUUUCUUGACGGAUAACAUCACCCCUAACCUGAUGCCGAUCUACUAUAACGAGAAUUGUGGCGAUUUAGUCAUUCCCCAGAUCCAAUUGGCGGCAAGAGCGUUGGUAAACCUUGUGGUGCUUACUGAGGAAAUGCCGUUAAUCCGCUUCUAUUGUCCCGACCAAUCGAAAGAACUGAACCAGUACCCGGCACUGAGAUUGCCUGAACUCAUUGCUGAUGAGUAUCAGCGGCAAAUCGACGACUACUUCCGCGCUAAUCCUGAUUUCCCUCCCGCCACUACGGGGGAUAAACCCCGGUCAUUACUCAUCAUUGUCGACCGCAGUAUUGAUCUUUUUGCUCCAUUAUUACAUGAGUUCACUUACCAAGCAAUGGCCAUGGAUAUCGUCCCCCUGUUAGAGCGUACCGGUAAGUACGAGUACGAAGCGGAAACCGAAACAGGAGAAGUGAAACAGAUGAAGGCGAAACUAGAAAACGAAACCGACGACGACUGGGUGGCGUUGCGCCACAUGCAUAUCAUCGAGCUGCUGGAGCUCAUCAUCAACCGCAUCAACGAGUUAAUCAAAAAUAACCUGCGGUUGGUCGACCGGUCCAAGGCGCAGACGCUGGGCGACUUAAUCUAUAUCAUGGCCAACUUGAAGGGGUUUGACGAGGAAAGACGUCUUUUGACGAUGCACAAGACGCUUAUCGACGACUGUCUUGACCGUAACGCUCUGCGGAAAUUGGCCGAGUUUGCCGCCGAUUUCGAACAAACGUGUGCUGCUGAAGGCACUCUGUUUGAAGGCGAGCGUAAUCGUCAUUUACACGACGAUUUAAUCGUGCUUCUUGCCCGAGAAGACUUGACGGUUAAUGACAAAAUGCGGCUUGUGUUGAUCUACGGGUUGUACCGGGGCGGGCUUGUGGAGCUGGAUUUCAUCAAGCUCGUCAAGUUUAUUGGCGUCAACGACCGCCAGGUGACGUCGCUCAUUUCUCGGUGCUUCACUAACUUGUAUAAGGUGGGGUUCCCCAUUGUCAAAAAGGACGUCCAGGACCCGAAAGUGGAUAAACAGAUGUUCCACACGAUUAAUAAUGAGGGCACUUAUAAUACGUCGAGAUUUGGUCCCGGUGUUAAAGACGUGGUCCAGAAAGCCGUCAAACACCAGUUGGAUGAGGACUGGUUCCCUUACUUCCGGGAAAAGCCGUUGGAGGACGAUGCCAUCGAUGCCGGUCCUUCGCUGCUGCAACAACCGGCCCUGCUUAGAAAUAACCGCAUCAAAGCACUGUGGGCUCAGCUGCUGACCCGGGUGGGGCCGCAACUGUUAAGACCGCGCCAAAGGGUGUUUGUCUACGUCGCCGGCGGCAUGACUUAUUCGGAGAUGCGGCUGGUGUACGAGCUUGGCGACCAGCUUAAUAAAGACAUGUACAUUGGUUCCGAGCUGAUCUUGAGACCGAGAGACUUCUUAAUUGGGUUACAGCUGAUUGAUAAAGUGAAGUCUCCCCAGGACUUGGAAAUCCCGUUAUGGAAACAGCGGGCCAAGAACGCUAACCGCGAGGUGCCUCCACACCUUUUGCCUAAACAAAGACCGACACUGUAUGGGUCUCCGGGGAUGUCCCCUGGUAUGUCGCCUCCGGCAGCGACUCAGGGCCACCCGAGAACUCUGGGCCAGUUCCUGGCGGGGCUGGGGCCGCUGCCGCAAAUGAAGCAGACUCAACGGUUGGGUCUGCCCAUUGGGUUCAAUAACUCUAACCCGAGAAUGAGUGGCGGUCUGGUGUCUGACCCUAACGGUAUUGGCGUGCCCAUGGGUGCUGCUGGUGCUGCUCCCGUGGCUGGCACUGUCCCCAUCACUGCUGCCACUGGCUACCGUCCUCCGGAACCGGUGGUGACGGAUACGUCGCCGACGACGGAGACGAAGAAGAAGAAAAAGGGUCUCAAGAAGCUCUUCAAGAAGGGCAGCAAGUAA